AAGAAAAGAUUUACGUAGCAAUUAUUAUUAUUAUUUCUUUUCUUCCCAGCAACGAUGCUUUCAUUUCAGUUUCACAUUCUUUCAUUUUUGAUUCUCCACCCAUCCUCAGACAAACCCUAGCAAAACAAUUCUCACAGCUAUAUAUACAUAUAUACGUAUAGACAGAGAGGCGUUUCGGAUGUGCUAAAAUGGGUGCUGCCGGCUCCAAACUCGAGAAAGCACUGGGCGACCAGUUCCCUGAAGGCGAGCGAUACUUCGGACUUGAGAAUUUCGGCAACACCUGCUACUGUAACAGCGUUUUACAGGCCCUCUAUUUCUGUGUUCCAUUUCGUGAGCAGCUGUUGGAAUAUUAUACAAAUAACAAAAAUCUUGCAGAUACAGAAGAAAAUCUAUUGACAUGUCUGGCAGAUUUAUUUACACAGGUGGUGUUGGACUGAGUCUCAUUGCUCGUGACUCUUCGUUGUCAACUUUCCCCAUCCAAAUAAGUUCACAAAAGAAGAAAACAGGUGUCAUUGCUCCAAAACGCUUUGUACAGAGAUUGAAGAAGCAAAAUGAAAUUUUCCGCAGCUAUAUGCACCAGGAUGCUCAUGAAUUUUUGAACUAUUUGCUGAAUGAACUUGUUGACAUAUUGGAAAAAGAGUCCCAUGCUGGAAAGAGUGAUCCAGAAACUUCAUCACCAUCUGAAAAGGUUGCAAAUGGGCCAAAGACUGUUCAUGCCAAUGGUGCUAAAAAAGAGCCUCUUGUCACUUGGGUGCACAAAAAUUUCCAGGGUAUACUCACAAAUGAAACAAGGUGCUUGUGGUGUGAGACGGUAACAGCAAGGGAUGAAACCUUUUUUGACUUGAGCCUUGAUAUUGAACAGAACAGUUCUAUAACAAGCUGCUUGAGAAACUUCAGUUCCACAGAGACUCUAAAUGCUGAAGACAAAUUCUUUUGUGAUAAGUGCUGCAGUUUGCAGGAGGCUCAGAAGAGAAUGAAGAUAAAAAAGCCACCUCACAUUCUGGUGAUCCAUCUAAAGCGGUUCAAAUAUAUCGAGCAGCUGGGCCGGUACAAGAAGUUGUCAUACCGUGUUGUAUUCCCGCUCGAGCUCAAGCUGAGCAAUACAAUGGAAGAUGCAGAUGCUGAGUAUUCCCUGUUUGCUGUAGUCGUUCAUGUUGGAAGUGGGCCUAACCAUGGACACUAUGUCAGCCUAGUGAAAAGUCAUAACCAUUGGUUGUUCUUUGACGAUGAAAACGUGGAGAUGAUUGACGAGUCUGUCGUGCAGACUUUCUUUGGUUCAGCACAGGAAUAUUCUAGUAAUACAGAUCAUGGGUACAUCUUGUUCUAUGAGAGACUUGCUCCAGGUAGCACAAGCUGAGAAGAGGUGAUUCGAUUGUGUCAAAAUUUUCUAUUUUAAACUCCUUUUCCUUCUGAUGUCUAUGUUUAUUAUCAUCUUUACCUUUUUUUUUUAACCUUAUAUCUUGUGGGAGGAGAUUCAUGUGUCUAGUCAGAGAAAUGUACACUUAGAUGGUUGCCAUGUACAGUGGAUGGUGGAAGCUUGCCAUCCUUUGUUUUUCCAACAAUAAGGUGAAAAAAAAAAAAAAGGGGAAAAAAAUUGUAGUGUAAAUGGUGAUGCGAGAAUUUCAGUCUUAGACGUUGAGAAUGUUAUAACUUGCAAUAGGAUGCAAAUGGGAUUCAAUUACUUGCAGAUAUUCUUCAUUGGCCUUCGUGAAAGGUGUUAUCAAUAUCAGGUUUUUGUAAUGUAUGUGGAUUUUGGUUAAUAUCUAAUAUAUUUACAUAGAGCUACUGUUUCGUA